AUGACUACUCCUUUACGUGAAGAAGAUCUAAGUGAAAGAAGAGUGAGCCUAUGGCAGCAAUUUACAAGAGAACCAAACCUCACUAUUUAUUCUGACCUUAUCAUAUCAAUUGAAUCCGUGGCUCAACCUGUCUGUUCCACUGACCUAUUUGAUGAUCACAAAAAUUCAUCUACUGUCUAUGGUACAGCAAGUGAACAUACGUAUAGGGGUGAAGAUGAGGAUCUCUUAGUCUUUGAUGACGUUGAAGACAAUAUAGAAGUGUGGGAUAACAAUAGAUUACGGCAAGACUCAAGUGAUGAAGCAGAAGGAGUGUUGUAUUUCUCUGUUGAUAAUUUGAUGAGGGAAUCAUAUGAUGAUAUCGUGGAGCCUUCUUGCAGUAAACAAAUUGAACUAGGAGAUGGGUUUGUUCUUGAAUUGAUGGAUUCUAGUGAUGAUGAGGAGGAGGAAAAAAAAGGUGGUCAUGAUAAUAUUCAUCAUGAAAUUGAUGAUCAACAACAUGCAGACGCGCCUAAUGGUGGUUGCUCUUCUGGUACUUGCAAAUAUUCCAUUACUAUUGAACUUGAUGAAGAAAAUGAAUUCAACAGUCAGCCAUUGUGGUUAUUAGAUGAUAUCGUUAACAAUGCAUUUAUGAUCAAGUACACAAAAGAAGAGAUGUUGAAAAUGCAAGCUAAUAAUGAAUUGUAUUAUCAUAAAGAUGGCCUUGCUGCUGGAAAUCUUAUCUAUGGACUUAUUGCCAAAGGAAAAGAAGAAGCAAAGGCUGCAAGAUCUAAAUGGAACAACAAUUACCAGCCAAAAAGAAAGGAAUAUGAAGAUACUGAAACAUACGGCGAAAAUGAUGAAGUAAACACCACAAAAGCAAUUAUACCUUGUGUUCCGAUAAGACAGCCCAAGAAUCCUGAUAGCAAUGGACAACAAACUGGAUUUUACUGUGAUGCCGAUGGAAAGGAUAAGAAUACUAAACAAAAGAAUUACUGGUAUAUUGAUUGUUCAACUUGUAAGCAUGUCGUGUGCUUAGACUGCAAACAGUAUUAUGCUUAA